ACUUCCGCGCCAUGAUGACGCACAACUACCGUGCGCUCUGUAUGUCGUUGACCAGAGGUUAAAUGUACCAGUAGUAAUUGCCAGCCAUAACAUAAACAAAUUUCAAUGAUGUGUCGCUGAUCGUUACAAGUGGCCAGGGGGGAACGGGGCAAGAAUGUUGUCAUUUUUACGAAAAAUCUCAAUUGGGGGGAGGAUAAAAGAUGGUGUGCCGACGAGCGACGAGAUGGAGGCUGUUGAAGACUGUUUGGAUGUGAAGAACAGAGGUUUGGUCUCGCAGUCCGACACCGAGCUGAAGGAAUCCGUUUAUGAUUUAUUGAGAACGAUCAAGGAUCCAGAGAAACCUCAAACAUUGGAGCAAUUGGAUGUUGUAUAUGAAGACUGUGUUGAGAUCUUGAGGCAAACUCCCAAGGGAGUUUCUGUCAUUCGCAUUGAAUUCAAUCCGACAGUGCCUCAUUGUUCUCUGGCAACAUUGAUUGGUUUGUGUAUUAGAGUGAAACUAGAACGUCAUUUAGUAGCCCUUUUUAAACUGGAUAUAUUUAUUAAGAAAGGCGCACACUCUACAGAACAAGAAAUAAAUAAACAAAUAAAUGACAAAGAAAGAAUUGCUGCUGCCAUGGAAAACCCUAACUUGAGAGAACUGGUGGAGAAAUGUAUUCAAGAAGAAGAGUGAAAGCCUAGCUCCUCUAUGGUGCAUGGGUUUCAUUAUGUCCAACACUGUUCAUUUGUAGUAGGUUAUUUUUGUACGAUAAUAGUAUGCAAAUAGUAUGCAAACACAACUUUUAUUUUAGUGCAGAAGAUAUCAAAAGGUCACAUUUACUGAAAAGAUCAAUGAAUACUGAUGGAAUUUUACAAUUUAAAACAUUAUUAUAGUUGAUUGUACAAAGUCAAUGGUGCUGUAAAUAUAUAGCAUGGUUCUGUAGUUACUUUAAA